UUUUUUUUUUUUCUCUCUUCUGAGUGCAGUUCAUUCGUUCUUGAACCAUUUGUCGCUAGUUACAGAAAAAAAAUAGAGCUCCAUUGUCCAAACAAACUAAUAAAGCCUCAAUCUUUGUUUGUCAAUGAAAUCUAGAUCCAAAUCUUUAACUACGUCGCUGGUUGGAAUUGAAGGCGAACCAGUGCCUCUGCAAAUUUGUAUUCCUGAAUUUCCUUUGAGAAGAUCCCCAAGAUUCUUUCUUUCUCCUAAAUUGCACAAUGUAGGCUCAAUAAUUCUAAAAUCAAACCCCAUUUCGGAACCUGAGUAUUGCUUCAGACGAUCGCCGAGAUUCUCAAGCUGUUCGCCCAUGGAAGGCGAUGCUCCUCGAGGCGUUUCGUUGGUUCAGAGUCAAAGUCAAAGCUUGACGGUAGAAGAAGAAAAGAUUUGGAAAAAGAAAUUCUCCACGGAGACGGCGUUGCGCAGAACUCCUGGAUUGUCUUCAGCUGGAACUGAGAGCAGCUCGUCAAAACCUACAUUGCCCAAAAUAAGGGCAUCCACAAAAUUGGAAGCAAAACCAUUGCAUCCAUGGGUUGGUGCUGGUGUGAUCAAUUUAAGAAGGUCUCCAAGAUUCACGCUGCAAACCAAAGAAGAUGUCGAUGAUGAUUUUUUAAGACAAUGCAGUAAAAAAUGUUCGAAAAAUUUCCUACAGCCCAACGGGGUUCACAACAUUGAACUAAAUUCUGAUGGCUGUGGAUUGUCUAAUUCUUUUGAUGAACAGCAACCCUUUAAGAGGAUUAAGACCUUUUCAGAGAAUUCUGAUUUAGGAAUGUCUGAUAAUAAGUUCUUGAGGCAAUCUCGCAGAAUAAGCAGCUCUGCUUUUAGAGUUCAAAACGGCAAAACGAAUGCUAGUUCAGUUGAGCUGCCUAAGUCCGCUCGGAAGCACUCUCCAAAAAAUAAGUCAGAUAAACAACAUUCUCCAGAGAAAAUUAAGCCCAUGUCCUCAAAGAAGAAGCAGAAGAAACACAAAAGCAUUUGUUCUCUAAUUGGAGAUCCUGUCCCCCAUAAUGAAGCGCAAGAAAGGUGGCAUUGGCGGUAUGAAAUUAAGAGUCAAAAAUCCAAUUGUCGGAGGUGCAUAUUAGAUGAUGAUGACGAAGAUAAGAUUGUUUGGAAUGUGAAAUGCCAUUACACUCAGGCUGAAAUUGAAGGAUCCAUCUUUAGUAUUGGAGAUUGUGCAUAUAUAAAGGGUGAAGGAGGGAAAAAGCAUGUUGGCAGGAUUUUAGAGUUUUUCAGAACUACAGAUGGAGAGGAUUUUUUCAGGGUCCAAUGGUUUUAUAGAGCUGAAGAUACUGUUAUAAAAGGAGAGGCUGCUUUACAAGAUAAGAAGCGUUUAUUCUAUUCCACUCUAAUGAAUGAUAAUCCAAUAGAAUGCAUUAUUUCAAAAGUCAGUGUGGUCCAGAUACCGCCUAUGAUAGGUUCAAAGUUUCUUUCCACUCCUUCUGACUUUUAUUUUGAUAUGGAGUACACUGUUGAUUAUUCAUCAUUCCGAACAUUGUUGAUCAAUGAUUCUUUCCAGAGACAUGAUUCUUCGUCACCCAAUGUGGUUGAGAUGAUUCCUACUACAAUGAGUAAUACUUCAUUGAAAAAUUUUCCGAGUUGUGAAGGUUAUAGAGCAGAGCUGGCCUUAUUAGAUCUUUUUUCUGGUUGUGGUGGAAUGUCAACGGGAUUAUGCCUUGGUGCCAAACUUUCUUGUGUUGAUCUAGUGACGAGAUGGGCCCUUGAUUGUGAUAAGUCCGCAUGUGAAAGCUUGAAGUUAAAUCAUCCAGAAACACAUGUUAGAAAUGAAGCUGCUGAGGAUUUUCUUGAACUAUUGAAUGAAUGGGAAAAGCUAUGCAAGAAGUAUGCAGCUGAUGACAUAGAAGGAAUACAUCAGUCAUCUAGAGUGGCCAAAGAAAAUGAAAAUUUUCUAGAUGAUGUUGAUGUUUCCCCUGGUGAAUAUGAAGUUUCAAGGUUUGUUGAUAUUUGUUAUGGCGAUCCUGAUGGCACAGGAAAACGUGGACUGAAAUUUAAGGUCCAUUGGAAGGGUUAUAGUACAAGUGAUGAUACCUGGGAACCAAUUGAAGGCUUAAGCAACUGCCAAGAAUGUAUAAGGAACUUUGUAAAACAUGGCUUCAAGUCCAGGAUCUUGCCACUUCCUGGUGAUGUUGAUGUGAUUUGUGGUGGACCUCCAUGCCAAGGGAUUAGUGGCUAUAAUCGCUACAGAAAUGUCAAUUCUCCUCUUGCUGAUGAAAGAAAUCGUCAGAUUGUAGUCUUCAUGGAUAUAGUGCAGCUUUUGAAACCUAAAUUUGUAUUGAUGGAAAAUGUUGUUGACAUUCUUAAAUUUGACAAAGCUUCAUUUGCAAGAUAUGCUUUAAGUCGUUUGGUACAUAUGAAAUACCAAGCAAGGCUUGGAACUGUUGCAGCUGGUUGUUAUGGUCUUCCACAAUUUCGGUUGCGUGUUUUCUUGUGGGGAGCUCAUCAUAGUGAGAAACUACCCCAAUUUCCACUUCCUACUCAUGAUGUUAUUGUCAGAUAUUGGCCCCCACUUGAGUUUGAGCGGAAUACUGUUGCCUAUAACGAAGACCAACCCCGUGAACUAGAGAAGGCCUCAAUUCUUGAAAAUGCCAUUUCGGAUCUUCCACCUGUCACAAGCCAUGAGACCCAUGAAGAAUUGACAUAUGGAAUGCCUCCAAAAACGGACUUUCAAAGGUUUAUAAGGUCGACAAAGUAUGAGAUGACUGGUUCCUCAUUGAAAGGCUCUACAGAAACCAAGAAUUUAUUAUACGAUCAUCGUCCUUACUCAUUGACUGAAGAAGAUUAUGCUCGAGUUUGCCAAAUCCCUAAAAGAAAGGGAGCCAAUUUCAGGAAUCUCCCAGGUGUAGUUGUAGGACCUGAUAAUGUUGCUCGGCGGGAUCCAAAACAUGAGCAAGUGCUGUUGCCAUCCGGAAAGCCAUUGGUGCCAGAUUUUGCCCUUGGAUUUGAAAGUGGAAAGUCUAAACGGCCAUAUGCAAGAUUAUGGUGGGAUGAGACAGUAUCAACUGUGGUGACUUUCCCAGAUCUUCACAGCCAGGCAAUAAUACAUCCAGAGCAAGAUAGAGUUCUGACUAUACGAGAAUGUGCAAGACUGCAAGGUUUUCCUGAUUACUACAGAUUCUGCGGGACAGUUAAAGAAAGGUACUCUCAGAAUCAAAAAGGGUAUCGUUAUUUUUCUCUUGAUCUUUACCGUUAUCUUACUUCUGUGGAUGUCACACUCUUUGAAAAUACUCUUUUUUGUUCCCUUCUUCUGUAUAUGAGUGAAAGGGAGGAUGAUGAUCUUUCAGUGUACACUAUCUGGCAAAUUCCUAGAUGUCGUGCUCCUGCUCCUGCUCUUAAUCCUAUGCCUGCUCCUGCACCAGCAUUUGCUCGCCAUCGUUUUGAACAGGUUUAUUCCAAAAGGUUAGGGACUCUUGACUCUCUUCCCCCAACUGCUGCUUCAACAGAAGUUCCGGUCCCUUCUACUUAACCUGAGUUUGUGCCAUCCACUACUCCUCAAUUGGACCUUGACCUUCCUAUUGCUCUUCGAAAAGGUAAGAAACCUAUUGGUUGUAAGUGGGUUUUUCACCACUUAAAGGGAAUCCUAAUGGGUCUGUUAUGCGUCUCAAGGCUUGUUGAUUUGCUAAGGAUUAUUCUCAAAUUUAUGAACUUGAUUACUCUAAUACCUUUUCUCAAGGCUUGUUUAUCUUUUUGGCAAUUACCUUAGAUUGGCCUUUACAUCGCCAGGCUUUGUUGCUUAAGGGGAGUCAGGUAAAGUGUGUGAACUUCAAAAAUCUCUUUGGCCUAAAACAGAGUCCUCAAGCUUGGUUUGAUAGAUUUUGCAAGGUGGUACACCAAUUUGGCAUUCAGAAGAGCACUUAUGAUCAUUUUAUAUUUUUCAGAAGUACUAAGACUACUUGUGGUUUACGUCGAUGAUAUUAUUAUUACAGGAAGUGAUUCAGUCGGCAUUACAUCACUCAAAUCAUUCUUUCAAACUCAGUUCCAGACAAAAGACUUAGGUUCAUUGAAGUAUUUUUUAGGUAUUUAAAUGUCCAGGUGAAGAGAGACAUCUCCUUAUCUCAAAGAAAGUAUUUCUUUGCUUUACUGAAGGAAACUGGAAAGUUGGGUGCCAAACUAUGCAAUUCUCUGAUGACUCCUAAUUUGCAACUUAUAGCUAAUAGUGAGUUAUUUGAUAAUUCUGAAAUAUAUAGAAGAUUGGUGGGCAAACUGAAUUAUUUUACAGUAACAUGUCCAGGUAUCUUAAGUCAAUAUAUGUCUUCUCCUACUGUUAUCUAUUGGAAAGCUUUAGGAUAGAUUUUGUGUUACUUGAAAGGUAAAUCAGGUCGUGGCCUCCUUUAGAGUAAUCAUGAGAAUUUGGACAUUGAGUGUUUUCCAUAUGCAGACUGUGCAGGUUCAAAGGUUGAUAGAAGAUCAACUUGAGGAUAUUGUAUCUUUGUAGAUGGAAACUUGAUAUCUUGGAGGAGCAAUAAACAAAAUGUACCGCCAGGUUGGGAAUGCAGUUGCUGUUCCAGUAGGGCGAGCAUUAGGAUAUGCACUUGGGAUGGCAUUUCAGAAACUCAUUGAUGAUGAACCACUGAUGAAACUGC